CCUUGUUUUUGCAUAUUAUCGUGUAGAGUUAGCUGUAGCCGCUCCACUCAUCUCGAGACUGACUUUACAACAAACGAGUGGAGAUAGAGACACAUAUUUGUGUUUUACAGAGGAGUAGUGCUGCACCACAACCUCUACUUGUAGCUCCUCGAUGGGGACGAAGUAGCCUGGAGCUAAUGUUAGCCGCUAACAUCAACAGGAAGUAGCGGACUAGCUAAAUUCCAAUGGCUUGCACUUUGAGUUCUCCAGGCAUGAACUGUACCUUAGAGAAGGUCCUGGCUGAUGCCAAAUCAUUAGUGGAAAGGCUUCGUAACCAUGACAACGCUGCUGAGAUGUUAAUCGAACAGACGACAUCGCUCAACAAGCGAGUGGAUGCCAUGAAACAGUACCAGGAGGAGAUUGACUCAUUGAACCAGGUCGCACGACAUCGUCCCCGUUCUAGUCUGGUUCUGGGAAUCCAACAAGAGAACCGCCAGAUCAGAGAGCUCCAGCAGGAAAACAAAGAGCUACGGACGUCGUUGGAGGAACACCAGUCUGCGCUAGAGCUCAUCAUGACCAAAUACAGGGAGCAGGUGUUCAGGCUCCUCAUGGCCAGCAAGAGGGACGACCCCACCAUCUUGACCCAGCUGAAGGAGCAGCACACCACGGAAAUGCAAGCACACAUAGACAAGAUCAAUGAGAUGGCCUCUGUGAUGAGGAAGGCGAUAGAGGUGGACGAGGGGCGGACAUGUGAAGACGAGGAGAGGAUUAAACAGCUAGAGCUGGAGAACAGCGGACUCCGAGAGCUGCUGGGAAUCAGUCGCGAGGCUUUCCUGAUCCUGAAGAGAGAAGACGCAUCAGAGAGCACGUCACUGUCGCCGCUGCUGACCAGCGCUGACGUCAGCUUACGGAAGAGUUAGAGAGCCCGUGGCGACUGCCCCCCUCCCCCUACUGCUGCCACUACUGUGUACAGUGUGUACAGUCUGUUGCCACAUACCACUAGACCUUUCACCCUGCAGAUUCUUCCAACGAUCGACCUUCCCCUGAAGCAUUUACAGCAUGAUGGUCCAGAGCUGCAUCCCCGACCGGUGAUUCACACACAAGCAGUGUGCACAUACAUCCUUCUCUCUUUUUUGUUGUUUUUUUUUUGUUGUUGUUGUUGGUACUUCUGUUAUGUUUGCUUUUUUUUUGCCAGCAUGCAUGAGUCUGUGGUGUCUGCAAGGUUUUAAUGUGUGAAUGGGUAAAAGAAGGGCUUGAGUUAAAAUAAACCUGUAAACAUGAAA